CCCGCGGAGCCCUCAGGCUGCCAUGGCGGCGGAGCCGCUCCCGGGGCCGCUCCCGGCCGAGCCCAACCCCUUCUCUUUCCGAGAGUUCGUCCGCACCAAGGCCCGCGGCGGCGGGGCGGGCGAAGCCCCCCAGGCGGCGCCGCCCGGGCCCGUCGCGCUCCCGCUUCCCGCAAUGCCCACAGAGGUGGGGGGUGAGGAAGAGGAGGAGGAGGAGGAGGAGGAGGAAGAGUGGAGCGAGAGCUACCAGCCGCUGGCCGUGGAGCGGGCCCACCUCGCUGCCGCCGGACCCGCCUCGCCCUCCGCCGGCUCCUUCUGCUUGGCCGCCCCCGGAGCCCCCCCGGGCCCGGGCUGUGCUCCCUCACGGCAGCCCAGCUACGAGCAGCUGAAAGAAGAGAAUGCCACUUUGAGAAGCAAGAUCAGUAAACUUCAAAUUCUCUCUGAAACCCAAGCAGACAAGUGCGUAAGACACAGUGUGGGGGAAAUAACCAUCCAAGGAGCUGGAUUAAAAGAGGGGCUCACUGGGAACAGUGUCCUUAAAGAAAUAAAAUGUAGUUGA